AUCAUAUGCCCUUUUUUUGUCUGUCCGAGUGCUACAUCUUGCAAAGCAAAAGCUUUACAGAGACAAGUUCUGUCUCCAUCAUUCCGAUUCGAGAUACCCCUGUCUUACCGCCACUCCGCUGCUAACCCUUCCGCCCACAUCGAAAUUAGCCUGAUAUACACCACAACAGCGAAUUCGAACGACUUCCGUGAAUAUCCCUGUCAAUUCCUAUCAUGAACACCCAAGAACGGUUGCAACGCGCCAUCUCCAUAGCGUCUGACCCCUUUUCAGAACCUGAAGUCUACUACGGUGGACCUGACGGUCACCAUGAUGGCGCCGAUGGGCACCACCACCGGCGCACGUUCUCAGCUGAUUUGAGAUCCGUCAAUCGGGACGACAUCAAAGAGUUUCUUGGGAAGCUGCCCGCACGGCGGGGAAGUCAUGAUGAAACGACUUCGGCGCCACGCAAAUUCUUGAUCGACGUCGACAAGACGAUCGCGACACUGCUCGAGCGGGAGGAUACUGACCAGAAUAUGGAAAUCACUAUUGAGGAUGUUGGUCCUAAGGUCCUGCCAGUUGGAACGGCUGCUUCUCACGGGUAUAACAAAUUCGACGUUCGGGGCACCUACAUGUUGUCCAACCUGCUCCAGGAGCUCACAAUAGCUAGAGAAUACGGCCGCAAGAGGAUUGUACUCGAUGAACAGCGCUUGAGUGAAAACCCCGUCAGCCGGUUGUCUCGCUUUAUCAAAAAGACUUUCUGGAAUGCCCUGACCCGAAGGAUUGAUGGGUCAAACAUUGCCGUUGCUGGGCUGGAUCCCAAGGACUGGACUGGCGAUCCACGGCCUCGCAUAUAUGUGCCACCUGGAGCUCCGGAGCAACUGGAAUACUAUACAAGGAUUGCGGAGGAGAAUCCGGCGAUGGGGCUAGAUGUCCAGAGAUUGGACGGCCCAAUCACCCCAGAGUACGUAAAGAGCUUGAAUCCUAAGCCAGGUUUGUUAGCCGUGGAGAUGGAAAAAUAUAUCGAUCCGGUGACGGGCAAGCAAGAUCUGCGCGGUGUUCCGUUCGUUGUCCCUGGUGGUCGGUUUAACGAGCUGUACGGUUGGGAUAGUUACAUGGAGUCUUUGGGUCUGCUCGUCAGUGACCGGGUAGACUUGGCCAAGGCUAUGGUGAUUAAUUUCUGCUUUUGUAUCAAACACUACGGCAAGAUCCUCAAUGCCAACCGCUCAUACUACCUUACUCGAUCACAGCCUCCUUUCCUCACGGACAUGGCAUUGAGAGUAUACGACAGGAUCAAAACAGAACCCGAUGCGCUUGAGUUCCUACGAAUGGCGACACUUGCAGCAAUCAAAGAAUACUACAGUGUAUGGACCGCAGAGCCCCGAUACGAUCCAGCUACAGGUCUUUCGCGAUAUCGUCCUGAAGGACUAGGAGUCCCUCCCGAAACCGAAGCCAGUCACUUCCUUCACCUUCUCACGCCAUAUGCUGAAAAGCACGGGAUGUCAUUCAACGACUUCGUUGCUGCUUACAACGACGGAGUUAUUAAAGAACCUGAGCUUGACGAAUAUUUCUUGCAUGAUCGCGCUGUUCGUGAAUCCGGCCAUGACACAUCAUAUCGCCUAGAACGGGUCUGUGCCAAUCUAGCGACCGUCGACCUCAACUCGCUCUUGUACAAGUACGAAGUAGAUAUCUCACGAGUCAUCCGUACCUACUUCAAGGACAAGCUGGCGAUCCCUCCAGAGUUUCGCACCGCGCAAACAGCAAAUGUCGAGUUUGAAACUUCGUCUGUAUGGGAUCGUCGAGCGAGGAAGAGAAAAAUCACCAUGGAUAAGUUGAUGUGGAAUGAUGAACAAGGUAUGUUUUUCGACUAUGAUACAGUCAAGAAGCAGUGCAUAUCGUACGAGAGCGCCACGACGUUCUGGACCAUGUGGGCUGGAUUGGCCACUCCAGAACAGGCGUCGAAACUCGUCCGACAAGCACUUCCUCGCCUGGAAGAAGCUGGCGGUCUAGCUUCUGGAACGGAAAAGUCGCGUGGAGAGAUCAGCUUGACUCGACCUAAUCGUCAAUGGGACUAUCCCUUUGGCUGGGCUCCGCAACAGAUGCUGGCAUGGACUGGUCUUUUGCGAUAUGGAUACCAAGACGAUGCAGAGCGCUUGGCGUAUAAGUGGCUGUACAUGAUCACCAAAGCGUUUGUCGAUUUCAACGGCAUUGUUGUGGAGAAGUACGAUGUCACGCGUCCGAUUGACCCUCACCGAGUAGAAGCUGAAUACGGUAACCAAGGAUCAAGCAAGACAGGAUUCGGUUGGGUCAAUGCCAGUUACGUAUACGGCCUCGAAAUCCUCAAUGCGCAUCAGAGACGAGCAUUGGGAGCAGUGACUCCAUACGAGACGUUCAGCAAGGCAGUUGAUCAACAAUUCCCUUACUAAUCACUGUAUUUUUCCUCGUUAUUCGUGUUGAUCCAAAAAUGAUUCUAGACGAUAUGACGAAUAAAUUGCCAAAGAGGUGCAUGGUGUUUGAUAGAAUUUAUUCUGCAUGUAUGUUAGUGAUGAUGUAGGGGAGUCACGUUUCUUCCUCUUUUGCUAUCUUGUUUUUCUUUCCGUAGACAGG